AUGAAAGAGAGACAGAAUAUACUUAAGAAGAACAAUAUUAUAAUAAGAAAUAGAUUAAAGAAUACUAUAAUUAUACUAUUAGUAAUAAAAACAGUAAUAUACAGCGUAUGUGCUAAACUGUCUGAGAAAGAUGCAGAAUUAGCAGAGACCAUGGAGAUAAGAAAUUGGUUUUUAUUACGCCCAACUGGAGGACUUUCACCAACUCUUCAGCAUAUGGUCCAUAAAAAUAGGUUUAUGGAGAACUUUCGUAUGUACUGGCAUGGAAUAUAUAGAGAAAAGAGUAAAGAUAGUGGAUCCAGACGGAAUCAUAAUGAUUUAAUGGCAUGGAAAGUGUAUAGCAUAAUAGAUGAGGAUAAAGAAAAGAACAAAUACUUGAAUGUGUUUGGAGAUAAACUGAUAAAUAUGUUUCCAUCAGUGCACGGGGCUUAUUCUAUUGACUCUCCAUCCACUGGCACAUUCACUUGGUUUCUAAGGAUGAAUACUGGCAAUUCAGACGGCUUGAAUUUAUUGGCUUCUUUAUUUCUUCUUUCUGAGGGAGUGAACAUCCCCAUUGAAAUAAUAAGUGAUAAAGAGCACGCUCGGAAUAAAAUAAUUAUUUUAAAGAAGAAAGGAGAAGAAAAUGAAUUCUUUGUUAAUUUGAGUCUAAUCAUAAAUAGUAGUGCAAUCCCAGUAUAUUGUAAUACAGUAGAAGGUAUACUGGCCUUCUUUAAAAGACUUAGUGAUCCAGAAGAUACUCUGAAAGUACCAGAAGAGUUCUCAAUGCCCAGUACGUAUGAAGAGUUCUUAACAGGGAAAUUCCUGUAUAACCCGAAAUUUCUUAUACAGUCGUACGUCUUUGAGUAUAUAGACGAUGCGAAUACGUAUAAUAUGUUUGCAACAGCAGUGCAUGACAUACUUAAUGAAUACAUACCUACUAAUUGUGAUAACCCAAUUACAGAUGCAGAUAGGCACGCACUGGUUGUAUUUAAUCAGUUGUUUAUGGGUGGCAACAGAGAAUAUAUUAAAAGCCUGCGUUCAUUUAAUGAGGUAUUUGAAACAACUAUUGGGCAGCAAUUACUAGAAAUAGAAUAUACGGCGUGUAAUCUCACAGACUUCUCUAAGUUUAAAAGAGUAAGUGAUGCGCUUAAAAAUACACCCUUUGUGAAUGUUAUUUAUAGACCAAGUUACAUAGAUGGGCCAGCUUAUAUUAAUAAGGACCGUCAAUACGCUUUAUCUUAUAAAGACGAAUGCUGUUUUAAAAAUUGUCAGAAGUGUAUUCUUCUUGCUCUGUUCCUAUGCUUUGCCUUUGACCGAGAAACUAAAGAAUAUAAUAUAGAUCAUAUACCAAAUGCAUCUAAAGAGCUAAAAGAGUUCUUUUCUAAGUAUACCCACAAAGUAAGUAGCAUAGGCAGUACUAUGCGAUCUGAUUGGGAGAGAGUUAUAUGUGGACUUCCUAGACCAGAGCAUGGUUUUUCUAAAGGUGGUUUAACCGUUAAUACUGGAUUAUUACACAUGUUAUAUACGAUGUAUGACUUAGUAGGAAAAGGGCAUAAAAUAAAAAGAACAAUUAGUUACAUAAAUAAUCAGUUCCAGAAUAAGUAUAAACAAGAUAAAAAAGAGGCAAAAAGAGACAUAAAAUUAUAUUUAGAAGACAUAUUUAUUUCUCUCUCCAGAAACAAAAGCAUAGACACGUCAUGCCUUUCUCUUAAUCCUGUAAAAAUAACUAAACAUGGAAAGUCUGUUAUCGAUAUGGAUAUACAAUUUAUUAUUCUAUACACAUUUGAUGGUUUAAACCAGUAUGGAAUUAAAUUCACUAUAUCGAAAAGUUAUAACAAUCCUUUAGUGGAGGUGGUAGAGGAUGAAAACAUACCAUUCUAUGGUGCCUUCCAAGUUAAAUCUUACUACAAAAAACUAAGUGCAUUUUUAGAUGAACCAAACCCUAAUUAUAAUAUUUAUAUGGAUCCAAAGACAUACCCACAAAUGAUUAUAAAACAGUACACUAGCAAGAGAUAUAUAAUAACUGAUCCUGGAGAGAGUUAUGAAGAAAAGAAGACUUUUAUUAUAAAAAACGCAUAUGAGACGAAUAAAAGAGAAAUAGUGAAUAGAAAAUGCGAUGAUCCAAACAGACUAAUGCUAUGGGGAAGUUUAGAUGAUUUAGAGCACAAGUCACAGCUUAUAAAAAUGUUCUUAAUACACAAUAAUAGAGAAACCCUUAAAAUUAAUAAUCCCAUGGUACGGUUCACUUCUAAUCUUAUAAGGAAUGUUCCUAUGGAUGACUUAAAAACAAGACAAUGUAUUCUAUCUGCCUGUGUAUACACUAAUAACUAUAAAAUAUACUAUCCACAGCUUAAGAAAUAUGAUGUGUAUACUAUGCCUAGAACAGAAAUCUCUUCAAAUGGACUAUCCUCACUAAUAGCAACACUGUCUGAUAUAGAGGUAAUAGAUCCCACUUCUUUAUUUAAUUCAUAUAUAUCUCUAUUACAGGUGUAUAAGAAAGAUAAAGAAAUCCCUUAUUUAUUCUCAGAUUUAUCCGUUAUUAUUAGUAUACUAAACAAAAUAAACAGUGAUGUUUCUAGUCCAGUACACCCAAUAUCUAAGAAUAAGACAGAAUCACGUGAUAAUGAAUCAACUGCUAUGGAUAUAAUACAGCCAGAAAAACUAUGCUCGUACAAACAGUCUGUUUUAAAUAAUAUUCAUAAAGAAUUAAUGAAUGCAGUGCCCUCUCCUGUUAACAAUAACCUUACUGCUAUUUAUAUGUGCUGGGUUUUUAAUAUAAUUAACUCUCAUUACCCCUUCUGCAUAAUGGAUAUUACACUUAUAUACUCCCGUAUACACAGACACCUUCUUUCACAUAAAAUUAAAGAUAUUUUAGGAUAUAAAUUAUCCAAUAAAAAUAUAACUAAGUUUAUAACGUUCUUAGAGGACAAUAAGCCAAAAUUAUACGAUGGUACAGAUGCAUAUGAAUUUGAAGAGAACUACCAAGCAAUAAUAUCCCUAUUUAAUAGUUAUACCAAACAACCCGAAAUAGUAUUAUGUGAUCAUGAGGAGGCACUGUCAUCGACCUUAUGCUCUUUAUUCGGGGUAUUAGAGCGUCUGGAUAUACGCAGACACUGA